AUGACCCAAUUCCAAUUCGCAAACUCCGACGACCCCGUCCCAGGCAACGGCAACCCACCCGCCGAAUUCACCAUCAAAGCCAAACCCGGCCGAGACCUCUGCGCUCCCAUCCUCUACAAGCCCGUCGCGCUGUCAGCCUUCAAGCGGGCACGCGUCGCCUUCAACGCGCAAUGGACACACAGAUACGACCAAGGCGGUCUCCUCUUUGUCCUGAACUACCGCGACGGCUCCCGCAAAUGGCUCAAGGCGGGCAUCGAGCUUACGCACGGUAAGCCGCAUCUCAGCGCCGUCACGAAGGAUCGCUAUGCGGAUUGGAGUCUUCUUCCUGUUCCGUCGGGUGGGAAUGCGGCGACGCUAGAGAUGGUGCGCGAGGCGGAUAAUAGUCUCUGGGUGUAUUUGGUGGAGGGGGUGUCGAAGUCACCGAUUCGGGAGGUGACGUGGGUAUUUGAGGAAAAGGAGGUGACCGAGUGUUGGGUUGGUGUUUUUGCGGCCAGGCCUGGGAAUGAGGGGGGUGAGUUGGAGGUGAAUUUUGGUCAUUUGAUUGUUGAGUAG